GAUGUGGGCUUGUAGAGCUUAUAUGAUAGACAAUUGAAACAUGGAGGUGAAGAAAGGUGAGAGCAGUUUUUUAGAAAACAUGAAACAAGAAAUUGAUCAGAUUACAAAAAAAGAAGACGAGAUUCUUAAGAAGGAAAUCUCAAGCCACCCUCUGUAUGGACUUCUUCUUCAAUCACAUCUCAGCUGUUUAAAGGUGUGUUCUUGCGACUUUGACUUACCGGAGAUUACGAACACAGCGGAUGAUCUUGACCUAACCAAACUCUCUCUCGACCCUGAUUCUUCCUUCGAAGCUACCUCUCCAGAGCUUGAUCACUUCAUGGAAGCGUAUUGCUCGACUCUACGGGAGCUGAAGGUAGCCAUGGAAAAGCCUCUUAUCGAAGCGCACCGUUUUGGGGAUGAGGUGUACACUCAGCUAAACGACAUUCUCUCAUCACCACCCUCUUAAUAAGGGGAAACGUGACAACUCUUUCGGUGCUAUUAUGUCAAACAAAAAAACGCAUUUUCCAUAUUGUGAAAUUACUAGUGUUACUCGCGUUUAUUGUGCUGCUUUUUCAGAAACGCUUUUGUAGAAUUCGAUUUACGGCAAUCACAAUCUGAGAAAAUGUAUGUACUAUAUCACGCUCUCUUGUUUUGCAUUUAAGAAAAAUAAAAGUUUAUUGAAAAGUA